AUGGGGUUGCUUAAGUACCAUGGGGUGACCGAGCUGUCGGGAAAGCCUGGAUCUGGAAAGACUGCCAUUGCCAUCGAGGAGUCGAAGGAGUUUCCAACCAUAUAUCUGACAACAACAGCGUUCUGCAUAGAGAGAUACAAGGGGUCGUCUAAAGAGGUGAUGGAUCGUGUGGUUAUAAAGUACAUCCCGACUAUCGGGCAUCUGGCAUCUUUUGCUAUGAACUCGAUAGAGAGGAUUGUUGUGGAAAGUAACACCAGGUUGAUUAUCAUAGAUAGCUUGGAUCAUCUUCUUGCCACAGAAGGCAUGGGGAUGUCGCGGGGUGUUCUUUUUGGAAUCAUCAAUAAGCUCAAAAGAGUGAGCCAAAAGCAUUUGGUGAAUAUUUUGGUCGUUACAUGUCACUACGGGACCUGGACUGUUGGGUCCUUUUGCAUACCCAAUCCUGUCCUUGGGCUUCAAUGGAUGUAUAUGGUGAACACGAAAUACAUUUGCAGCAGAAACGGAGAGAAAAGAACGCUUAAGCUUGUUCGUUCUCCUUUGGCAAGCUCUGGGACGUGGGAGUUUGAGAUUGGGCCGUCUAGGGUAUAUAUUGUGUCGGAAGCCUUUGAGUAA